AUGUCGAGCAGGCGGAAACCGCCAACGAUUCUGGCACGGCCCGUGGUCAAGCCUAGCGCCAAGACGCCCGUCAUGACCAGGAUCGACGAGACGCGGACGGCCGUGUCGACAGGGCUCUCGCCAAAGUCAUUGUCGCAGCCCAAGGCCGACGCCAUCGAGAUCUCGAGCGACUGGUCCAGCCACGCCAGCGGUUCUGACAACGAGGAGGGCGAAACCGACGCUGCCCCCACAGCCGACCGCACAAGGCUCCCCAAGGAGGCCCGGCAGAAAGCCGCUGCCAAGUUAAAACCCGAAGACGGCGACGCCGAGAUGACAUCACCAAAGGCGGCUGGCGAGGGGGGCGACAAUGACGGCGAAGAGGACGACGACGCCGCGGAACCGACCUUUGGCGACCUGGUGCGCGGCGGCAGCUCCACCAUCGACGUGCCGGCGGCGCUAGCCGCGCAGCAGCUGCAGAACUCGCUGAGCAAGGCCGAGGGCAGACAAAAACAGCUGACGAGGACAACCGCGGGCGGGCCGCUGCUCAACUCGACGUCGCUCGGUACCGUGCUCAACCAGGCGCUGCGGACCGACGACGCGGACCUGCUCGAGUCGUGCCUGCAGACCAACGACGCCAAGAUAAUACAAAACACCAUCAACCGCAUGGACUCGGCGCUGGCGGGCGUGCUGCUCUCCAAGUUGGCCGGGCGCAUGCACCGCCGCCCGGGCCGCGCCUUUGGGCUCAUGAAGUGGAUGCAGUGGACGCUGGUGGCGCACGGCGGCACGCUCGUGACGCAGCCCGACCUGGUCAACCGGCUGGGCGAGCUCAGCCGCGUGCUCGAGGAGCGGUCGCGCGGCUUGUCGAGCCUGCUAGCGCUCAAGGGCAAGCUCGACAUGCUAGACGCGCAGAUGCGCUUCCGCAAGUCGGUCAAGACGAUCGGCAGCCGCGGCGGUGACGACGAGUCGGCCGAGUCCGACGAUGAAUCCGACGACGACGAUGCCGAUGAGCCGGGCGUUGUCUACGUCGAGGGCCAGGACGAGGCUGGCGGCGGCAAGACGCUAGCCAAGGGCACCGCCGCGGCCGACGACGACUUCCCGGUUAUAGGCAACGGCGUCGCGGGCGACUCGGACGACGAGUCUGAGGAGGACGACGACGAAGACGUGGAGGAGCUAGAGUCGAUCGACGAGGAUGAGAUCGACCACGACGACGUCGAGUCGGCCGAGGAGGACGAGAGCGACGGCGAUGGGCCGCCGGCGAAGGUCCAAAAGGUGUCGUCCAAGUUCGCAAAGAGGAAGUGA